AUGGAACAAAACAUUAUAUUACUAUUUCUUAUUAAGUUUUCAAUGUUUCUUUUUUUAAUUUGGAUAUAUCAUUUUUACAAUGAUAUGGCCGAAUUUAACAAAUAUUUGGGAAAAAAGUUCAAAUUUCACAGAGAAUUAGAUAAAAGAAAUUAUCGGUUACUAUCAAAAAAUAAGAAAAAUAAAAAUUCAAAUAUUGUACCUUUAUAUGAAGAUAUGACAAAUAAUAGAGAGUGCAAAAAAAAUGAUACAUAUAUUAGUGAAAAGGUUUUUCCAAAAGGAAUGAAACAAUUUAAUAGAUGUACAUUGAAUAAGGAUAAAUACUAUACAGAAGUUACGGAUUAUGAUAAUGGAAUUUUUGAUGGAAAAUAUUUCCAUUUUGAAAAAAAAUUGAUAAAAAAAAAGGAUUAUGAUAAUUUCCUUGAAAGAAACAAGAGAAUUAGUGACAUAUUAUUAAAAAAAAUAAAAUUUAGAAGCUACGGAUUUGGAGUUGUUACAUUUAUUCUUUUUUUCUUGUCGGGAAUAACUUUACCAAUAAUAAAAGGAGUGGGUUAUUUGAAUACUGUAAACGAGAAACUCAUGGAAUUAAUAAAAUUAAUUGCGGGUGAAGUAAAUGCAUUAAAACCGUAUAUUGGUGUAAUAACAUUUGGAGUAUUCAUCAUUAUAACAGGUAUUAUAUUUUUGAUAAUAAUUUAUAAGAUCUUAUGUAAUAAUGAAAAGUAUAAAAAAAUCAAGUCAAUGAGUGAGUAA